GGUUGGCCCAAGUCCAUAGUAUCUAGAGAGGUUUAAGAAGGGUCUUCGGUCGGUCGAAGUGAAAUCUCGACACUCAGCUUCUAGGGUUUUCUACUUCUCUCUUUUCGAAUUCUCUCGUCCAGAAAGAAAGAAACCAAAAGACAAAGCAAAGAAGAUGAGCCGACAUCCUGAGGUGAAAUGGGCCCAGAGGGAGGACAAGGUAUAUCUCACAGUGCUAUUGCCAGAUGCUAAAAAUGCAAAGGUUAACCUUGACCCAGAAGGUAUUUUUACGUUCUCUGCAUCAGCUGGAGUUGAAGACCAUGUUUAUGAGCUGAAGCUUGAGCUUUUUGACAAGGUUAAUGUAGAGGAAAGCAAAAUAAACAUUGGUGUGCGAAAUAUAUUCUGCGUGUUGGAGAAGGUCGAGAAGAAGUGGUGGAAUAAAUUAUUACGUGGAGAUGGAAAAACACCUCACUACGUCAAAGUAGAUUGGGAUAAGUGGGCAGACGAAGAUGAUGAUGCUGCUCCUGCUGACUUAGAUUUGGGUGGAAUGGAUUUCUCGAAAUUUGGUGACAUGGGUGGCAUGGGCGGCAUGGGCGGCCUCGGUGGAAUGGGUGACAUGGGUGGCCUUGGUGGCCUUGGUGGCAUGGGAGGCCUUGGUGGAAUGGAUAUGAGUGGCAUGAAUUUUGAUGGUAUGGGCGAUGAUGAUGAUAGUGAGGAUGAAGGACAAGAGGUAACAAAGCCUGAUGAGAAAGCUGAGAAGGCUCCAGAAGGGAAGACUGAAGAAGCUGCUGCCAGCUCCUGAGGAUUUUCAUCUAGGGUUUUUCUUAAGUAAAGGAUGUUUGAUGGAUGGAUGUAUGCUUAGGAUGCUUGUCUCAACAACAAUUGAAGGUCUUGAAUCCAGAUGUUGAUGUGACUAUCAUUGUCAUUUAAUUCCUUCAGUUUGGGCAGGAAACUGUAAUUCUAUUAUCUAUUAUCUAAGAUGCGAAGAGUGUUGUAACUUUAGCAUCUUUAUGGACGGAAAACGGCAAAGGGGAAACACAAAAUUGCAUGUAAUUUUUGUCUGGGAACUUGGGUUGACAUGAUCGAUUGAAUGUUUUAGGUACCGUGAUCUGAAACAUAUUGAUCUUUUAACUUAUAAAUUUUCCCAGCUAUUUUGGAAAUGGGGACACCUGCUGGCUGAAACCUCCCGUUUAUUGUUUUCGGAAGAGAGGUCUUAAAUACAAACUACGGCAAUAUUAAAGAAAGAUCUGUUUGCAUUUUGUGCGCAUGAAAGACUGAUUUCUUCUGUAAUACUACAAAGGACAAACAACAGAAAUUCUCAAAAACAAUCACCUCUCAAACUUUUCAAAUUUUGAAGUGUUGUCAAUUUGGGUUUUUUUUCUUUUGCCACUGUUUCCAUUUAGGCUCCCCUCUCCACUCAUUUCUUUGGUACGUGCGUCUCUUUUCCUUAAUUUGAGUCUUUUGUUCUGCUUUCAUUGUGCUUGGAUAUGUUGUUUCUCUCCCUGAUUGAUCGAUGAAUGGGA